CCACUCACAUCUUUCAAAGGAAGGAAACCGCGUAGAGAAAUUUGUGUGAUUAAAUCUGUGCCCACCUGCCUUCCAUCGUUUCUACCCCCUCUGCAGAGAAAUUUCUAUUAUAAUCUUUUCGCCUCCUGUCUUCCUUCCUUUCUAAAACCCUACAGAUAAAUUUGUGCGGUUAAAUCUGUGCCCUCCCACGCAUUAUUUCUGCUACUUCAAUCUCUUCGCCCCCUAUCUUCCAUUCUUCCUACCCCUGCGCUUGAUUCAGUUCCAUGGCAGGAAGAAAUGAGAUUACCAAAUCUGCCUUUGCCGAUAUUCUGGCGCCGUCUGUAUCUGCAUCGUCUUCGACUCCAACAAAGAGCGUGCGGUACGAUGUAUUCAUAAACCAUCGUGGCCCUGACUCCAAGCAAACCCUAGCCGCCUCAAUCUACCAUGCCCUCAAACUCAUGGGACUUGAAGUUUUCUUGGAUGAACCAGAGCUUGAUCUUGGCGACUCAAUACCCUCUGAGAUACAACAUGCCAUCGCUACUUCUUUCCUUCAUAUUGCUAUUCUUUCACCAAGAUAUGCAGAAUCCACUUGGUGUUUGGAAGAGUUGUCGCUUAUGUUCAAAACGGGCCAGACAAUCAUUCCCGUGUUCUAUAAUGUUGAUGUCAAUGACAUCCGUUGGAUAAAAGGAAGGUAUGCUCAAGAGUUUUCCAAGUUUGAAGCCAAGAACAGAUAUUGUCCAGAGAAGGUUGAGGAUUGGAAGUCGGCGCUGCAAAAGGUUUCAUAUCUCAAAGGCCACAUUGUCAACAGGGAGGAUGAUGAAGGAAUGUUGAAGACUAUUGAAAAUUAUAUACACAAGCAUUCUAAAAAGAUUCCAUUUUUGGUGGCCAAACAUCCUGUGGGUCUUGAUGAAAUCUUACGUGACUUUAAAAGAAGUGUAAUGGAAUCUUAUCAAAAUGUAAAAAUUGUGGGGAUCAUAGGUAUGGGUGGAUGUGGGAAAACCACAUUGGCAAAAGAAUACUACAACGAGAAAAUGCAGUCCUUUUAUAGAUGCAGUUUUGUUUGCCUUGAUAAAGAUGUAGCAACUAAAAAUUUGUAUGAAAAGCAAAAAAAAAUGUUCCAAGACCUCGGUGGCUCAAAAGACAUAUCAUUUGAUAAUGUAGAAGAAGGAAAAGCAAUCCUAGCAGAGUAUUUGAGAUUUAUUCAGGUAUUUAUUAUCUUAGAUGAUGUAGAUCAUCUAGAUCAAUUGGAAUCUCUCUUGCCAAUAAAAGAUAGUCUUGAAUCAGGAAGUGUGAUUGUAGUUACAAAUCGAGAUUCACACAUACUUACAUCAUGGGGAAUCCCUUCUAAUUCUAUUUACAAGAUGAAAGAAUUAGAUUCUGAACAUGCCCUAGAACUAUUUUGUUGGCAUGCUUUUCUACAACCCUAUCCAAAAGAUGGAUUUGAAUGUCUUGUUAAUAAAUUUUUAAAAUUCUGCCAGGGGUUGCCAUUAUCCCUGAAGGUAUUAGGAGGACUUGUGCAUGGAAAAUCGAAAGAUUUUUGGGAUUCUCAAUUAGAUAAGGUCUCCAGAUCAUUGCCUAAAGACAUUAAAAGUAUAAUAAAAGUGAGCUUUGAUGCACUAGAUGAAGAGGAAGAGGGGAUAUUUUUAGAUAUAUCUUGUUUCUUCAUAGGAACAGAAAAGGAUUCGGCCAUCACAGUGUGGGAUGAGUCCAAAUGGAGUGGGGAAUGUAGUUUGCAAACACUUGUGGAUAAGUGUUUGGUUGAGGUAGAUGAGAAAAACUGCUUAGCAAUGCAUGAUCUGCUGAGAGAUUUUGGAAGAGACAUUUCCAAGACAAGGUCACCUUACCGCCUUUGGUCGCCAGAGCAAAUUACUCAUAUUGAGAAACAGGGGAAGGGAAGCAUUCUGAUUCGGGGAAUUAAAGCCCAAACGGAUGAGUUUUAUGAAGAAUUUGUGGAGUUUGUCAGAGAAUCAGGUAAAGGAAUUAAGCGCAAACGGGGUUUAAAAAUCCUGGAUGUCGAAAACAAUAAUUUUACAGAAGAAUUAGCAACACUAUCAGAAGGCCUUGUCUCGCUGCGAUGGGCCAAGUUUCCGCAUAGAGCUCUUCCGUCAUGGAUUUCAUUGAAGAAGUUGAGAGUUUUAGAGCUUCGUGAGGCUUCUAAAUUAGAAGAACCGUGGAGCGACACUGUCGAUCCUCCUGAGCAGUUGAGAGUGCUGAAAAUCAUUCAUGCGGGAAGUUUCCUGAGAUUUCCAAGGUCAAUAGGAUUUCUGAAGGAUUUGAAAAAGAUAUCUUUUGACUCCUAUGGAGCUCCUAUCGAAGGUCUACCCGAAGAGUUUGGUAGUCUCCAAUCGCUGGAGUGCCUCGAGCUACGUGGAUGUCAUAAGCUAAGAUCGCUGCCUAGCAAGUUCGGCGAUUUGAGAAAUCUGCAGCGUCUACUUUUGGAAGAAUGCAGCGGGAUCGAAAGUCUACCGGAUGAGUUUGGCCAUCUCCAAUCGCUGGAUUACCUCGAGUUACAGGGAUGCCAUAAACUAAAAUCGCUGCCUAGCAAGAUUGGCGAUUUGAUAAAUCUGCAGGUUCUGUAUCUGAGAGAAUGCAGUGGGAUCGAAGGUCUGCCGGAAGAGCUUUGCCGUCUCCAAUCGCUGCAGUGCGUCGAGUUAGUUGGAUGUCAUAAUCUAAAAUCGCUGCCUAGCAAGAUCGGUGAUUUGACAAAUAUGUGGCGUCUAACUUUGAAAGAAUGCAGUGGGAUCGAAGGUCUACCAGAGGAGUUUGGCCGCCUUGAAUCGCUGGAGUACCUCGAGUUACAGGGAUGUCAUAUGCUCAAAUCGCUGUCUAGCAAGUUCGGCCAUUUGGAAAAUCUGCAGAAUCUACAGCUAUGGGAAUGCAAUCAGUUGAAGAUCCCGUCGGAAACACUUGCACAGCUUGCCAGCCUUCAGUUUCUGCGUAUUGAAAGAUGCCCCGGGCUCACAGAAUUGGUUAUCCAGCCGGGGUGCUUUUCUUCUUCAUUGUGCAGCCUUGAAAUUUUAUCAUUAGAUGACUGUGAUGUCUCUAGAAUAUCAAUCUCUCCUCAAUGUUGCCCCAGUCUGGAAAGCCUGGUUCUUUGGGAAAAUCACGAUUUAAUAGAAAUCGAUAGCUUGCCAAUAUCAGUCAAGACAGUCAAUGUGGUCAGAUGUUCAAAUCUACAAAGCUUAAGUCUUAAUCCUGGUCUGGUCAAGCUCGAGGAUCUGCAUAUGCGGGAGUGUGGAGAGCUAAAGAAAAUACAAGGAUUUGAAAAUUGCAGUUCGUUAAAGACGUUGAUGGUACAUACUUGGGGCGAGGUGCCAGUGAUAGAAAAUCUCAAGGAUAUGGAGAGUUUGAGGAGGCUAAGCCUCACAGCAGCAUGCCACAUAUCAGCAUUUGAAUCUUGCCUUCAAUCUUUAAAUAGAGAGAAAUGGCCAUCCGAAUGUGUAAUAUGUGCAACGACACAGCCUGGGGUGGAGGCGAUGGUGAAGUGUUUUAGCUUUCCUGGUCUCACUUUGGCUGACUCGUUCGACCGGCAGAAGACGGAUAGGGGUUCUUGGCAGUACGUCUUUUCGGAAAAGCGUCCUGCCAACGCGGCAGCGAUGAUAUGCCUUGUGAUUCUAAAUUCUCAUCACGUUUGUAUCACUGUAAAUGUGACUUGUCUUAGGCCACUAAAUGCUUAUACUGGUAUGCCAAUAAUUACUUGUACAUAUUUGAAAGAAGGAAAAUGGGUCUACAUAGGUGUUUUCAAUCCAUCUUCGCUCGUGGGAAGCGAAGUUCCUUUCUCUCUAUCGCAAUUCGCAUGCGAUCCGUUAGAAGAUGAUUUGAUAGAGAUGGGAAUCUUGGCGAUGGGUGAGGAGAAUAGUGUUGUGGGUGCUUUCCAUGAAUUAGUACAACAGUUAGGAAAAUUAGGCAAUAUCUCUGAGUUUCAAUCACAAGUUUGUAAACUUGAGUAAUUGUUAGUGUGAGGAGAUGUAUCAAAAUGUUAUAAUCAGCAUUUGUAUCAAAAUGAGGUGCAAUGGUUAUGCGGAUAGCAUUAUAUACUUUGAGUAAUAUUUUGCAAGUUAUAGAAUCGCAAGAUGUAAAAAUUCCUUUUAUUAGUGUAGUAAACCCCCUACACUUAAUGCACAUGUGUAGAAUAUAUUACCAACAAAAGAAGACAUAAAAAAAAUAGUUGUUUUCAUUCUA